AUGUAUUAUUUGGAAGCAUCUAUAGCUGGCGUUACCUACAUGGAUAAUUUUGAUUUUGCGCAACGGUACAGAGAUGUGAACGAAUGCAAUCCUUUUUACUGGCACCCGCUGCAUUUGCCAGAAGAAUGUAAACAAAUGUUUGAAAAGUUAAUACGCUCCAAACUAGAAUCGCUAACGCCAUACACGAUCGUUAAAGAAAUACAAAACCCGGCUGAAUUUGUAUAUUCACCAUAUCGCUUAAAUACACCAGUUUAUAGAAAUGAAUUCAUAGAACCAUUUGACAAAAAACAGACAUUGUCCCCAUUUGAAAUAUUGUUUGAAUUAUUAAGAAGUGACUUUAUUUUGAUACUCAUAUGGUCAACCGCAAAGCUUUGCUCUGGUAGUUCAACAGGUAUAAGUUACAUGGAUCCCUUAAAUCACAAAUUGUCUUACAAAUACAAUUCAAAUCUAGAGGAUCCUUGCAAUCCACUAUACUGGUAUCCUAAAAAUAUUCCAGAAUAUUGUCAAUUUAGAAUAAAUAUUGCGCCGAAUCGGCAUGAACACCCAGUUACAUCUAUACCAUUGCCAGAGCCACCAAGGCCGUCGCUCCCACAACUUCUUCCACCUGUACUACCGAUUGCGCCACCCUUAAUAAUGCCGCCACCACCUCCCUUAUUACCAAUCAUAUCUAUGUUGCCAUCUGCUCCUUUGUUACCAGAAUUCAACAUCAGACCUAAAUCUCCUUAUAAUAUUAUGCUCCCGCAAAGCCAAGCUGGUAUGGUACCGGGAUUACCUGGUAUAGUAAGUAGAGAUGGUGGUAUAAAUAUUAUGCCGUUUUCGGACGCAUAUGCAGAUAUGCUUGAAAAACAUAAGAAUAAGAUGAUUAGAAAAAAGCUUAGAAAGAUUGUGAAUAAGUACGACUACUAUAAAAAUUCGAGAAACUAUUGGAAU